AUGGCUGAAGGGUCGCUUGUUUCCUCAGCUACUCAGCUUGUAGCAACGGUUAGACAUGAAAAUAUGCAAUUAAAGAGAUGUCUUGCAGAAGUACGUCAUGAAAAUCAAGUACUUAAAAAACAGUUAUAUCAUCUAAGUGCUCUUCUUGAUAUUGCAGUAAGUAAAUUAGCUUCAAAAGGAAUUACCUUAGAAACACCCAUUGGUAUUCGUGAACUACGUGCAGCUGUAUCUCAACGUGAGAUAGUAAAUUUAUCUAAUGAUGUAAUAGACGCAGGUGAUCUAGCUUACGAAAAGGCGACAACAGAGAGUUCAUCUAAUCGUCAAUUUCAACAUCGUCGUGACCUUCGAGAGCAUACUAAACCUAUUCAAUGUGCGGCAUUUUCGCAGGGUGAUCAACCUAUACUUGCCACUGGUGGUUUAGAUUGUCGUGUUAUUCUUCAUAAUUUUAUGACAGGAGAAAAAGUUCUUGAUAUUAAAGGACAUGAACAAAAUGUUGCAGAUGUUGCAUGGUUUGAAAGUAGUGGAAACGUUCUUUCUGCUUCCUUUGACGGUACAGUAAAGGUGUGGGAUCCACGCCAUAGUAGUGGUAGUAGUAGCAAUAACGGUAAUAAUAACUGUGGUACUACAUCACCAGUUUAUCAGUUUAGUGCUACUGGUUUUGUGCUUGCUGCAGUUCCUUUAGAUAAAGCUUUCGUUUUUGCAUGUACCGAUUCAAAAAAACGUACUUCUAUUGUAGAUUUACGUGUUCAAAAACCUAUCUCAUGGAAGCAUGAUAUACGAGCUAAUACCUUAACUUUUAAUGCUGCAAAAGCUCAACUAAUUACAGGACAUAAUAAUGGUACUAUUGCUGUAUGGGAUGUUCGUAAAGUUGGUCUUGCCCUUUCUUCUAAUUCUUCUAUGGAUGGAGAAUCAGCAGGUGGUAAUACGCUAAUGGGUUCUUUUACUUCUGCAGCAGCGGAAGAAACUUCUGGUGUUCCUAUUUCACGUGUUUCUGUAAUUGAGAAUGAACCAUCGCAAAGUGCCAUCACAUACAUUGGAUAUCACCACAACAGCGACGAUACGAGACGAUUAGUGGUGGUAUCUACUGAUAAUAUGGUUCGAUUGUAUCGUGAUAUUGGCAUCAACACUACCACUGGCGAUGCCUUUUCGCUGCGUAAUCUCGUGAGUGGCGUGCCGACGCGUGGCUACACCACCAGGGCGGUGUUCUGGAGGGGCGUGAAGGAAAAGUCGCGGGUGUCGGCCUUCUUCGACGAUGGCGAGCGCGAGACGGACGCGCAGCCGCGGCGGGUGGCGGAGUGCGAUCUGCUCGUGACGGCCGGCGUGGAGAACACGGCGUGUGUGUACAACGUGACGGAGGCGGGCGGGGCGGGACUCGUCGAGCGGCUCGAGGGGCACCGCGACCGCGUCGUGGGGGCCGCCGUCCAUCACGCCGACAGCCGGCCAAUCAUCGCCACGUACAGCGCAGACUGCACCGUGAAGGUCUGGACACCCGUGAAGAAAUAG